ACAGGCUGGUUCAUGUUUUGUCUCGUGUGUAUUGGACUUAAUUUUCAUGCAGCUGAUCUGGCCUAUUAUUCUGGCUAUUGGCAUCAUUUGGGACACUGCCAUAGGCUACACUGUUUCCAUGGAUACCACCGAUUCACUAUGGGAUACCAGAGACCAGAUAUUGACGAAUGCCAGGUGCAUAACGGUGGCUGCCAGCACACGUGUGUGAACACCAGGGGUUCCUACCACUGCCAGUGUAACGUUGGAUCUCGACUGCACGUGGACAGGCGCACAUGCAUCGCCAUCCACUCCUGCAGCGUUGGGAACGGCGGCUGUGAGCAUUUCUGCGUCCAGCAGACGGCGGGUCAUUUCCAGUGCCGCUGCCGACCCGAUUACAGACUCGACGCAGACGGGAAACACUGCAAAUUGUUGAAUCCGUGUGCGGAGCGAAACGGCGGUUGUUCACAGGAGUGCCGCAAGGAUGGAGAUCAGGCCCGCUGUGGAUGUCGUCCAGGUUAUCAGCUGGCUGAAGAUGACAAGGCCUGUGAAGACAUUGAUGAGUGUCAGACGGGCCAGGCGGACUGCGCUAACGGUUGUCGUAACACUAUGGGAUCUUUCAUGUGUGUGUGUCCCGCCGCCUAUGAGUUGGGUGUUAAUGGCAAGCAGUGCUAUCGUAUCGAGAUGGAGAUUGUAAACAGCUGUGAUCAUAAUAACGGCGGUUGUUCUCAUCACUGCGAACAUUCAACCAAUGGACCCGUGUGCAGCUGUAACCAAGGAUACCAGCUGGACGACGACCACAAGACCUGCAUCGAUAUAAACGAGUGUGUAGACGGCAGUUCGUGUUGUGAGCACGACUGCACAAACUAUCCUGGAGGUUACGAGUGUUACUGUACAGCCGGAUAUCGACUGAACGCUGAUGGAUGCAGCUGUGAUGAUAUAGACGAGUGUUUGGCUGCAAACGGAGGAUGUGAUCACACGUGUCAGAACAGCGCCGGAUCCUUCCAGUGCUCCUGCAGACGCGGGUAUCGUCUCGAUGAAGACAGACAUUCAUGUAUAUUGCUGCAGGAGUCGGUGGAGGCGUUGAGCAGUGGUCAGACGGUGGACAGACCUCAAGCUCCGCUCACCAUCCUGCAGGACUAUGAGCAGAUCCUGGAGCGAUACGACGACUACGAGGACGACACGGGAGAACUGCGCGCUGAGAGCUCCUUAACUGAGAAAUUCAUAUGUUUGAAUGAUUCGUUCGGCUUCGACUGCAGUCUGUCGUGUGAGGACUGUGCUAAUGGAGGAGUGUGUAACAAACACAGAAACGGCUGCGACUGUCCUGACGGAUGGACGGGACUCGUGUGCAAUGAGACGUGUCCGGAGGGCUUGUUCGGCAGGAAUUGCUUGUUGAGCUGUAAGUGUAAGAACGGCGGUGUGUGUGAUCCGGUCACCGGGAGCUGCCGCUGUCCACCAGGGGUCAGUGGAGAGCUGUGUCAGGACGGUUGUCCCAAGGGUCUCUAUGGGAAGUUCUGUAAUAAGAAGUGUAGUUGUGCUAAUAACGGACGGUGUCAUCGCACUUACGGGGCGUGUCUGUGUGACCCGGGACUGUACGGAAGGUUCUGCCACCUACCGUGUCCUAAGUGGACGUUUGGCCCAGGCUGUUCUGAAGAGUGUCAGUGUGUUGAGCAGAACACUGUAGAGUGUCACCGUCAUCAUGGCGCCUGCAUUUGCAAGCCGGGUUAUCGGGGAGACACCUGCAAAGACGCAUGUGAAUCAGGCUUCUUUGGCUCUGGCUGUGAUAAUAAAUGCUCCUGUCCGGCUGGAGUGACCUGUGAUCAUGUGACCGGAGCGUGUCAACCGCAGUGUCCAGCUGGAAAGAGAGGACACAAGUGUGACCAAGAUUGUGUUGAUGGGAGAUUUGGGAUUGGCUGCUCUCAGUCAUGUGACUGCUCAGGGGCACCAUGUGACAGGAUCACUGGCCAAUGCUUGUGUCCCGCUGGAACGUUUGGAAAACAUUGUGAAAAAGAGUGUGCGGAGGGUCGCUGGGGCAUUGAAUGUCGGGAAUCGUGUCCGGUGUGUGAGAACGGAGGCCGUUGUGACCGGCGUAACGGGACGUGUGUCUGCGCUCCUGGAUUCAUCGGCAGAUUGUGCCAGAACAUGUGUCCCGCGGGACGUUUUGGUGCGGGCUGUCAGCUCAGAUGUGCCUGUGAUAAUGGAGCUCGCUGCCAUCCUGUAACCGGACGCUGCUCGUGUCCUCCUGGCUGGACGGGCCACCACUGCAGGAAGGCCUGUGACGCGGGCCGCUGGGGUCUGGACUGUGUGAAUGUGUGUGACUGUCGAAAUGGUGACGGAGGCUGUGAUGCUCAGACCGGACGCUGUCAAUGUGAGGCGGGUUUCACUGGACCUCGAUGUGACCAGAAAUGCCCUGCUGGUUCAUUCGGCCUGGGCUGUAAGCAUCGCUGCCAGUGUGAAAACCAGGCGUCAUGUGACCAUGUGGGCGGAGCUUGUACCUGUAAGAUUGGCUGGACGGGAACGUUCUGUGAAAAACCCUGUCCGCAGGGUUUCUAUGGUCUGGACUGUCAGCAGAAGUGUGUGUGUAUGAACGGAGCUCUCUGUGAUCAUGUCAGUGGUGAAUGUGCCUGUCGGCCUGGCUGGAUCGGCCCACACUGUAACCAAACGUGUCCUGCUGGAUUGUAUGGAGCGAGCUGUUCUCAGACCUGUGUUUGUCACAAUAACAGCAGCUGUGAUGCUGCAAGCGGUCAGUGUGAGUGCAGCGCAGGGUGGACGGGAGACACCUGCUCACAACGUUGUUCUCCUGGAUUCUUCGGGACGGGCUGUGUUCAGAGGUGUUUGUGUCAGAGCGGGGGUUCGUGUGACCCUGAGAGCGGCCGCUGCUUCUGUCCCAGUGGAUGGACAGGUUCAGCCUGUGAACUGGAAUGUGCAGCGGGUGGCUUCGGGUCGGACUGUCAGGACAGAUGUGAGUGUGUGAACGGUGCUCAGUGUGACAGACAGACGGGUCAGUGUGUUUGUCAGGCCGGCUGGACGGGACAGCGCUGUGAGAACGCGUGUGUAUGGGGCCGGUUUGGAGUCGGCUGUGAGGGCCAGUGUCAGUGCGAUCACGGAGCCCCCUGUCAUCAUGUGAGCGGACAGUGUUUCUGUCCUGCAGGAUGGAGAGGAAGACGCUGUGAGAAAGCGUGUCUGCCGGGCUCAUAUGGUCAGGACUGUGUCCAGCGCUGCUCCUGCCCGCCGGGCACAUCGUGCCAUCACGUGUCGGGACGCUGCGGCUGCCCUCCCGGCUACACGGGCAGCGGCUGCGAGCAGACCUGUCUGCCCGGCACCUUCGGCAUCAACUGUAAUCAGGUGUGUCAGUGUUCAGAGAGAAACCAGCUGUGCCACCCGCUGUCUGGAGAGUGUUACUGCGCGCCUGGAUUCACAGGACCCAGGUGUGAACAGGCGUGUGCUGAAGGUUUCUACGGUCCUGGCUGUGAGCAUCGCUGUCAGUGUUUGAACGGUGGAGUUUGUCUUUUGGUCUCGGGGGCCUGUGAAUGUCCGGCUGGAUUCAUCGGGGCCCGCUGUCAUCUCACGUGUCCGGCGGGACGGUACGGGCCGGACUGUGGCCGUGUGGCCGUCUGUGGAAAGGGGCUGAGAAACGAUCCGGUCACAGGCGUGUGUGUCGGGGAUGAAGUCUGUCCCGCGUCCUGCUUUCAGCGCUGUGACUGCAGUAACAGAGGCCUGUGUGACGCCGUCUCUGGGAACUGUUCAUGUGGUCUCGGCUGGACCGGCUCGCGCUGUGAGAAAGAGUGUCCCAAGGGUCUCUUCGGUCCUGACUGUGCUCUUCAGUGUUUGUGUCAGAAUAACAGCACAUGUGACCAAGUGACAGGAAGCUGCCGGUGUGAGCCGGGAUAUUACGGUCAUCUCUGUCAGCUCGCGUGUCCCGCCGGUCUGUUCGGCUCUGGCUGUCAGCAGCACUGUGACUGUGUGAACAGGGCUUCAUGUCAUCCCAGAACCGGACAGUGUCUCUGUCCCGCUGGAUUUCACGGCUCUCGCUGUGAGAGAGAAUGUAAGCAGGGCACAUUCGGUCCGAGCUGCUCUCUGUCAUGUGACUGUGCGGAGGACACACCAUGUGACCCGGUGAGCGGCAGCUGUAUCUGCACCUCAGGAAAGACGGGCGUCCGGUGUGACAGCGACUGCAGUGUGAGGCGGUACGGGCCCGACUGCGCGUUCAGCUGUGAAUGUGAGAACGGAGCUCAGUGCGACAGCAGAAGCGGACGCUGCACGUGUCUGAACGGCUGGAUCGGCCUCACAUGCUCACAACGACAACCUGCUUCAUAUCACACAACAGAACUACAGAAUCAGGCUGGACCUCCAGAGCUGGACUCCAGACGUUCAGAAGAGAAUCAGUCGCAGCUCAACACCUCGUAGCGCUAGCAAACACACACACACACACUGAGCUCAGUCACAGCACAACUGUGUUUAAGAGCUGUUUGCAGGUUCAUCCAGACCCACAGGAGCCUCUUCAGCGAUCACCUUCAAACACACAGAUGCACUUUACUCAAGUUCACACUUGAUCCUCCAUCGUCUGUGUUUUAGUACUGUUGUGAUGCAGAGAUUUUAAAGAGGCUGGAUCACAUUUGACUGGACUAAACAAGAGAAAAGUGCCUUUCCAUUUCAUAACACUCUUUGUUUAUUAUAGCUGUUUUUUAUUUUAUAAAAUAAAAGUCCCAGAUGGUUUACUAAUUUGACACAAUCUGUGGUUGAACACAAACUGUAUUUGUUUACCUCUUUGACAGACUGUAACAUCUGAUGAAACAUCUGUGUGGAUGUCAAUAUUGAACUGUACAUGAAGUGACCUUUCACAAUGUUAGAAAUGGUGCUAGGAUGGCCUUUAUUAAAGGAGGACCUGUAUAUGUUAAUAUUAGAAAACAUUCGCAACUGAUGCAUUUUUAAUGCUUUUGAUUAAUGUUUUGUAUAAAGUUUGAAUUAUUUAUGUUUUGUAAAAUACAAUUGUAGAUGUUUUGCAAACUUUUU